CUCUCUGAUGGCGCAAUCUCUUCCGAACAAGUCAAUACUGUUCAACAAUAACCAGAACGUGCAGCUGAGUCUGUUUUCCACACAUAAUUCAGCUAAUUUCGUAAGACUAUGGCUCAAGGGUACAAAAGCGGGGGUCCUGGCGACGGAGAUUAUUGGGGUUCUGACCCAAAUCGUACUAGGGGCUCGACAGUACAGGGCUUCAAGCAAGUUCCUUCGGCUCCCUACAAUUUGAGGUGCGAAGCCAAGUCGUACCAAGAAGCCACCGUGUUCUGGGAGUUACCUACAGGGAAAGAGAUUUCCUCCAUCAACCUCCAGCUCUUCAAGGACCAGGGCUAUGGAUCCUGGAGCAAAGUCAAAGAGGACUCUUUUGAGAGUACCACACGUUCGGUUACAGUCACCACCAGUGGUCCCUUGGAAAAAUACGCACUGCAAGUACGGGCUGACAACCGCUUUGGGCACGGAGACCCUGAAAGUAUCAAGCUUGGAUAAGUGGUUUCGGUAAGACUAUGGAGUUAAGAAGACUGUAACCUGGUGACUUCUACUACGGUCUGGGACCACCACGUCUGCAAAUUAUCUUAUGUUCAAAUACUCUGGCUUUAGAUUCUCUUAAAUGUAUACAUAGCGUAUUUGGUUUCGGAUAUUAUUUGUCAACCUGGGUUAAGGGACCAAGGUACAAGGCAUUAUUGUCAAACAUUGUUAUUUUCUAGUUAUCCAUGUAGGUCUAUACUGUAUACAGAGGAAUUAGUAUUCUUACGCGAUGGCUGUAACAUCGUUUUAAAACAUUAAAUUAAAACAUCUUCGUUAUGUAAGUUAUCAUGUAUUUAGUCUAAUAUCCAUGCACUACCUAUAAGGGGAACCUAAUGUUUACUAACACGUGUUCGUCUGUAGAUUACGUUUCUCGUUCAACAUCGUUUGUAAACACUUGGUAGUCAG